AUGCCUUCAGCACUGCCUAAGCCAGUCCUCCCGCCGUCGUGUGUGCUCGUCACAGGCGCGAAUGGCUUCAUCGCCCAGCACUGCGUCGCGCUCCUCCUGUCCGAGGGCUACCAUGUCAUCGGCACGGUGCGCUCACAGGCCAAGGUCGGCCAGGUCCUCGACCUCCACGGCAGGAACCUCAACCUCUCAGUAGUUGUUGUGGAGGACAUCACCUCCGUCGACUCCUACCUCUCGGCACUGCAGCAGCCCAGCAGCGGCCCAGAUGCCAUCCUGCACCUCGCCGCGCCCUUCCACUACAACACCACCGACCUGGAGAACGACCUCAUGAUCCCGGCCGUCCGGGGCUCGACCGCCGUGCUCGACGCCGCCAGGUCGUGGGGCACCGUGAGGCGCGUCGUGCACACCAACUCUUUCGCCGGCAUCUACGACGCCGCCAAGGGCCCGCAGCCGGGCAAGGUCUACACCGCCGAGGACUGGUCCCCGCUGACCUACGAGGACGGCGUCCGCGCGCCCGCCGCGGCCGUGGCGUACCGCGCGAGCAAGGCCGUGGCCGAGAAGGCCGCGUGGAAGUGGAUGGAGGACAACGCCUCGGCCGCGACGACCUUUGACCUCGUCAGCCUCAACCCGGCCAUGGUGUUCGGCGCCUUCCUCCCCGGCGCCGCCCCCCGGACGCCGGAGCAGCUCAACACGUCGAACCAGAUCGUGUACGGCGUCGUGUCGGCCGGCGCCGACGGCGCUGUCCCGCCGACCAGGGGCCCCGUGUGGGUGGGCGUCCGGGACGUGGCGCUCGCGCACGUGCGGGCGCUGCAGGUCCCCGGGGCCGGCGGGGGCCGGUUCAUGCUCGCGGCGGGGGUGUACUGCAACCAGGAGAUCGCCGACGUCGCGCGCGAGGUGGCGGGGAAGAAACACGCGGGCGACAUCCCGCGGGGCACGCCGGGGGCGCGGGAGGCGGAUUCGCACUUUGGUGUGGAUGCCGGCGAGACGGAGAGGGUCUUGGGGAUCAAGUGGCAAGGGCUGAGGGAGGUGCUGUCUGAGUUGCUGCCGCAGCUCUUUGAGAUCCAGGAGAGAGGCGCUUAG